AUGAGCAGCAAAACUGAAAACUGGGAUGACAUAUUGCAAUCAGUUGUGUUCUCUAUAAAUACGAACAGAAGUACUACAACAGAAUUCAGCCCUUUCUACUUCAUGUAUGGAAGACAAGCCCAGCUACCAUUCCAAGUUUGGAAACCUUGGAUAAGAACACAAUCCCCACAAACGGUUCUUGACCACAUUGCAGAAAUGGUUAAGAUUCAACAAGAAAUAUUCCUGAAAACAAUGAGCAACAUCGAGAAGAUACAAGAGAAACAAAAGCUGCAAUAUUUAAAAUGCAAAGGGAUAUCGGAAAUCAAAAUCACGGACGGUGACCUUGUCUUAAGACGAAAUAUGCUGCAAAAAACUAAGAAGGGUUACAAGAUGUAA